UAACGUGACGCGGUCAGGUGGCGCGCAGUCGGGCUGGCGGCGGCUGACGGAGGCGGAGACUUGGCUGCGACGCGGGGCUGCUGGAGGCCGAGGCGGCGAGGCACCGGGGAGCCGCAGCGGUUGUCACCACGGCAGCCGGUGAGAUGGUUGAAAAAGAAGGUUAUCUUCAAAAAGCUAAAAUUGCAGAUGGAGGAAAGAAACUAAGGAAAAACUGGUCUACUUCCUGGAUUGUUCUUUCUAGUAGAAAAAUUGAAUUUUACAAAGAAUCCAAACAACAGGCUCUGUCCAAUACGAUGCCUGGGAACAGUGUCAGUGAGCGAUAUCUUCAAAACAAAGUUGAGCAACAGCACUGUAGAACAAAAACUGGGCACAAAGCAGAAAGUGUGGAUUUGUAUGGGGCACAUAUAGAAUGGGCCAAGGAAAAAUCAAGCAGAAAGAAUGUCUUUCAGGAUCCUGGGCACAGUCCAGACUGACACAGGAAGCCUGGGUGUCAGC